AUGGACUUGACCGUUGUUAUUGUGACUUCUCCCUCCUGGACCGAUCCGUCUCUCGGUCUGAUCGAGCCAGUCAUAGCGAGUUUGGCGCUGGUAGAAGGGGUGGAAUCCUGUAUAGGAGGCAUCAAGAUCGUUCUAGAUGGCUACAAGAUACACAAGACAGCGCAGACGAAGAGAGGAAGGGUCACGAAGGAGAUGGCAGAAUCCUAUGAGCUGUAUUAUCAAAACCUUGCAAAUAGAUACUCUCUUGAUUCGAGAUUCUCCCUCCUCCGCUGCCCCGAGCACUUUGGGUUUGCCAUGGCGGUGCGCUAUGGGCUGGAGCAUUGCUCCACUGAGUUUGCGCUGAUAGUUCAGCAUGACCGAUCGUUUGUUGCGUCUUUCGAUCGUCUCCCCCAAGUGUUGAGCACGAUGAGAUCUGUCAGCUGGAUCAGAUACGCUGGAUUCCCCAGCGUCAUGAACUGUUCGCACCCAAGGACCCUGUCAUGCCGAUACGGGCUAGGGGGCCUGGUGAAGGAGGAGAAUCGCGUCAGGGUCGAGGGAGAGGAAGCGAUGGAGCUGAUGCCUCUUGCCUUCUGGUAUGACUCCAAUCACAUCGCUCACGUGGGACGAUACCUGGAGAUCUUCGCGCCCUAUACAAACCUCCCGUUGGAGCUGCGGGAAGCGAUCGGUAGGGAGAACGUGCACCAGCUGCUGUUGAGGAAGGGAGACUUCAUCGAGGACAGGUUCGGUCAGGCGCAGCGGAAGCUGCUCACGGGAUCAGGGUUGCGGGAGGACGAGGCUCUGCUAGGGAGGAUGCACAGAUGGUUCGGCAGCUACCUGAUCUGGGACAGGAGGGGCUGCGGGCAGGAGGACGAGGACGUCACCUGCAGAGUUUAUGUGGGGCAUCUGCCAGGAGCGAAGAGGGGAGGGCAGAGUUACGCGAUACAGACAGACACGCACCCUCUGUCAAAGACUUGCAAGAGGAAGGAGUGGGUGGCUGCUGGCAGACUGUCCCAGUCCCAGCCUUCCUCCUCCGUCAAGGAUGAAGUGAUGGAGCACCUGGCGGCUGAUUGA